GCGAAAGCCCAACCCCUCCCUUUCCUGCAAGAAGUCGGGCGUGUGGGGGUCCCGUUGGUUCGGCUCUGCAGAGGCUGCCUGGGGGCGCCUGCUGGGAUCCGAGUUUGCAAGGAUCUCUAAUUCAGACAGACAGAACUUGGCAGAAGAUCAAGGGGUUCCUUCAUCUCUCUUGGAGGCUUCCUGAGAGCACAGAUGGAUGAGGAAAACUCAGCUGGCCCUGAAGCAGGAAGAUGCCAUGCCAUCAGAACUGGGAGCAGUGGGGGAUUCUGGGGAAAAACUGUGCAGAAGAUCCUGGGUGAGGAGGACACCCUCCGCUCAGAGGCUCAGAGCCAGCAGUUCAGGCAGUUCUUCUUCCAGGAGGCCAAAGGACCUCGAGAGGUUUGCAGCCGACUCUACAACCUUUACCAUCAGUGGCUGAAGCCAGAAAGGCACACAAAAGCUGAGAUGCUGGACCUGGUGAUCUUGGAGCAGUUCCUGGCAGUCCUUCCACCGGAGAUGGAAAGUUGGGUGAGGGAAUGUGGAGCGGAGACCAGUUCCCAGGCAGUGGCGCUGGCCGAAGGUUUCCUCCUGAGCCAGGCAGAGGAGAGGAAGCAGGCAGAGCAGCAGAGACAGGAUCUGUUUGCAGAAAUGGGCCCAGAUUCCUCUGAGACCAAAAGGACUCUGUUGAACACCAGAGAGAGGCUGCUGGGUGACCAGAUGAUGCCAGCAAGACCUCCUCUUCCAUCUAUUCCUGGUGGGGAAGGAGAAGCAACGGCUGCGGAAGCAGCUCAGGGUCCAGUGUGCUUUGAAGAUGUCGCUGUUCAUUUCACAGAUGAGGAAUGGGCGUUGCUAGAUCCUGACCAGAGAGCUCUGCAUAAGGAAGUCAUGGAGGAGAAUUGUGGGAUCGUGGCCUCUCUCAGUGGUGAUGAUUUGGAAAUUGAGAGCGAGGACGCCCAUGACAGAAUCCACACAGUGGAGAAGCCAUUGCCACUCUUGGAGUGUGGAGAGAGCUUCAGUCACAGCUUCCAUUUGACUACCCACCAAAGAAAUGCUAUUGGGAAUAAACCCUCUCAGUUCUCUGAAUGGGGGAAAACUUUCUGUUGGAAUGAAAGCCUCACUUCACAAGAAAUAAUUCCCACAGGGGAAGACCCACUGAAAUGCUUGGAAUGUGGAAAGAGCUUCAGUAAGAGUGCACAUCUCAUUUCGCAUCAAAUAAUUCAUACAGCCAAGAAACCCUAUCAGUGCUUGGAAUGUAGUAAAAGCUUUAAUACAAGCACAACCUUCCGUAAACACCAGAGAAUUCACAGGGGGGAGAAGCCAUUUGAAUGCCGAGAGUGUGGAAAGAGCUUCAGUCAGAGAACCCAUCUCACAGCCCAUCAAAUAAUUCAUACGGGUGAGAAACCCUAUCAGUGCUCGGAAUGUGGGCGGAGCUUCAAUCACAGGACAACUCUCACGGUCCAUCAAAGGAUUCACAGUGGUGAGAAACCCUAUCAGUGCUUGGAAUGCGGAAAGAGUUUCUGUCAGAGAGCCAAUCUCACUUCUCACCAAAGAAUUCACACAGGUGAAAAACCCUAUCAGUGCUUGGAAUGUGGGAAGAGCUUCAGUCAUAAGCAAAGUCUCACUUCCCACCAAAGCAUUCAUACCGGGGAGAAACCCUAUCGAUGCUUGGAUUGUGGAAAGAGUUUCUGCCAGAGAGCCGAUCUCACUUCCCACAAAAGAAUUCACACAGGAGAGAAACCAUAUCAGUGCUUGGAAUGUGGAAAGAAUUUCCGCCAGAAAGUCAACCUCACUUCCCACCAAAGAAUUCACACAGGGGAGAAACCCUGUCAGUGCUUGGAAUGUGGGAAGAGUUUCCGCCAGAAAGUCAACCUCACUUCCCACCAAAGAAUUCACACAGGGGAGAAACCCUAUAAGUGCUUGGAAUGUGGAAAGAGCUUCAGUCAUAAGCAAAGUCUCCCUUCCCAUCGAAGAAUUCACAGUGGUGAGAAACCUUAUCAGUGCUUGGAAUGUGGAAAGGGCUUUGGUAAGAGGACCAAGCUCAUGGCCCAUCGACGAACUCACAGUGGUGAGAAACCCUAUCAAUGCUUGGAUUGUGGAAAGAGUUUCAGCCAAAGGGCCAAUCUAACUUGCCAUGAAAGAAUUCACACAGGGGAGAAACCAUAUCACUGCUUGGAAUGUGGGAAGAGCUUCAACCAGAAGCAAAGUCUCACUUCCCACCAAAGAAUUCACACAGGGGAGAAACCUUAUCAGUGCUUGGAAUGUGGAAAGAGCUUUGGUAAGAGGACCAAGCUCAUGGCUCACCAAAGAAUUCACAGUGGUGAGAAACCCUAUCAAUGUGUGAAAUGUGGAAAGAGUUUCUGCCAGAAAGCCCAUCUCACUUCCCACCAAAGAAUUCACACAGGUGAGAAACCAUAUCAGUGCUUGGAAUGUGGGAAGAGCUUCAGUAAGAGGACCAACCUCACUUCCCACCAAAGAAUUCACAGUGGUGAGAAACCAUAUCAGUGCUUGGAAUGUGGAAAGAGCUUCAGUAAGAGGACCAACCUCAUGGCCCAUCAAAGAAUCCACACUGGGGAGAAACCCUAUCGGUGCUUGGAAUGUGGGAAGAGCUUCACCCGGAAGGACAACCUCACUUCCCACCAAAGAAUUCACAGUGGUGAGAAACCAUAUCAGUGCUUGGAAUGUGGAAAGAGCUUCGGUAAGAGGACCAAGCUCAUGGCCCAUCAAAGAGUUCAUACAGGGGAGAAUCAUAGAAUUUUAGACCUGUAGGAGACUUCUGGGUCGUCUAGUCCACUGCAGGACUCUCAACUAAAGCUUCUAUGACAUACUGCCUUCAAACUUCUCCUUACAAACCUCCAAGGAAGGAGAGUACACAAGCUACCAAGGGUGUCUCUAAUUUGAAGCCAUUGAUUUGGGUGCCAGCCUCCAGAGCCGGUGAAAACAAGCUUGUUCAAGCUUCCACGUGACAGCCCUUCCUGUUCCUCAGAAGGCUUGGUUUCCCAAUGCUUAAUUGUCUUGCUCACCCCCCUCUGCACACCUUCCAGCUUGUCAAAAUCCUUCUUAAAUUGGGGCACCCAGAACUGGACACAGGACUCCAGGUGUGGUCUGAACAAGGCAGAAGAAAUUGGGGCUGUUACUUCUCUUGAUCUGGACACUUGACUUCUUUGGACGCAACCUAGAAUAACAGCCUUUUUUGCUGCUGCAUCAUAAUGUUGACUCAUGUUAGUCUAAGACCCCUUUUCCACAUGUACUACUGGCAAGCCCGGUAUCCCCCAUCUUAUAUUUGUGCAGCAAAUUCUUCUUGCCUAAGAGCAGAAUCUUACCUUUCUGCUUAGUGAAAUUUAUUGGAUGCCUUUAUAUACCACCUGUUUCUUCAAGAAGCUCAGUGUGGUCUUAAGUCGUUCUCCCCCUCAUCGUUUAAUCCUGACUACAACCCUGUGAGGUAGGUUGGGCCGUGAAGCCAUCACCCAGUGAGCUGCAUGGCUGAGUGGGGAUUUGAACCCAGGUCUCCCAGUUCCUAGUCCAAAACUCUUAAGCACUGCACCCCACUGGCUCUCGAAUGAGACUCUUGGAAAGUGCAUGCAUGCACAUUUAUUGAAAGUUUCAGUGCAAUGUCUUGGUGUUUGUAGUUAAAGUUUUAUACGCAUGUAUCAAUGACAUUAAUAUAUUAAUGGUAAUUACAGUAGAAGAGUAAAUUUUAGGUAAUGCUAGACAGCGAUAGGGUUAGUUUGGAAUGCUGGGAUUGAAAAAUUGAAUAAUUGAACAAUUUCCACAUGAAUCACAAGAAGAUCUAAAAUAUAAAUACAAAACGGCAACAGCAACAACCCCUGAAAAAGCCCCAUGUCAUGUAUUGAUGAAGUUGUUAGAAAAUUUAUUAUGGGAAAGG